AAAAAUAAAGAGAGAGAAAGACCCCACAGAGCACUCAUCUUCAACCCUAACUCCGAUUUCUCUCUCUCUCUCUCACACAUCUCCAAAUCUCUCUUCUCUUUCUCUCUCUCUCAUGAAAAGCGUCGGAGAAUGGGGAAAUACAUAAAAAAGAGCAAAAUCGACGGUGGUGGAGGAAGUGAACCCUCUAUAGCUUUGAUGGAUGUUGUUUCACCUUCUUCUUCACUCGGUGUUUUAACCCGAGCUAAAUCUCUAGCUCUCCAACAACAACAACGCCGUCUUCUUCAAAACCCCUCUUCCUCUUCUUCUUCUUCUCCACCGACGACGUCGAAACAGAAGAAGAAUCAAAGCCAGAAGCAGCAGCAGAUGAACGAUUGUACUGGUGGCUCCUCGUAUCUUCAGCUACGGAGUCGUCGGCUUCAGAAGAAACCUCCAAUUGUUGUGCUUCGUUCUACUAAACGGAGGAAACCGCAACAAAGGAAAGAGACAUGCGGCAGAAACCCUAAUCCCCAAAUUCUGGAUUCGAUUUGUGGUGAUGGGUCUAGGUCUGAUUCCGUUUCUGAGACUCUUGUCUUUGGGAAAGAUACAGAUUUGGUUUCUCAAAUCAACAAAGAUCCUUCCUUUGCCGAAAAUUUCCAACAUUCUACUCAAAGGACCACAAGGGAAUCCACACCAUGCAGUUUGAUAAGAAAGCCUGAAAUCAUCACAACCCCAGGAUCGUCUACAAAGCUUAACAUUUGUAUAAGUGAAAGCAACCAGAGAGAAGACAGUUUGUCACGCAGCCAUCUUCACCUACCAACUACACCUGAAAUGGACGAGUUUUUCUCGGGUGCUGAAGAAGAACAACAAAAGCAAUUCAUUGAGAAGUACAACUUUGAUCCUGUGAACGAACAACCACUACCAGGACGGUUUGAAUGGACGAAGGUAGAUGAUUAGAAACAAGAAACAAUGGGGGGUUAAUAGUUAAUACAGAAUAUAUUAACAUUUUCCUGCUAAUUAUCGGUUUGAUCUUAUUUCCAUCAUCCGUUUCUUAACUUUUUCAACAUGUAAAGAGCUUAGGAGAACAACCCAUGUAGUGUUUUUAAAUUGGUGUCUGUAAUAUAAGUGGCUGAAAAGGGUUUGUGUAGCACACAACUGAUACCAAUCCUUUUUAAGCCCUAACAGACCACCUUAGUAGUAGUAGUAGUAGUACUAAAACCAUAAGAGAAGGUAUUAGAAGUAACCUAAAGUCUGUUUAGGGUUUAGCGUUUAGGGAUUACUAGAGUUCUUUCUGUUUAAUGGUCAGUGUUUUCUUUUAGAAAUCCGGUACAGGGGUGGGACUCUGCAUUCUCUUAUAACUCUUUGUCCUGUAACCAUUUUAAAAUCUAUCCUUUUAUGUGUAUACAUGUACUGAUCUCAAACUCUUUCAAUAAAGACUUAUCCUUCUCUGUCU